GACUACGUGCCUUCCCACCGGCACAGCGCCCUGAUCCCGCCGUCCUACCGCGCCACGCCCGAUUACGAGGCGGUCAUGAGGCAGAAGAACCUCGGGAUGAUCCCGCCGGCCGAGCGCCAGAGCCACUCCAUGAGGAACCUCAACAUCGGCAACUCGUAUGCUUACAGCCGGCCCGACCCGCUCGUGUACAGCCAGCCGGAGAUCCGCGAGCACAGCGCGGGCCAGUACCCCUUCCACCUCAACUACAGC